UAUAUCAACCCUGCAGAUUCCCCCACAUCCUCUAUAAUUCCUUCCUUCCGCCCUUUCUUCCAUUAUUUCAUUUAGCUCUCUGAUCAAUAUGCCAAAGACGACUCCUUUUCUCCUCUUCUUCACUCUUCUCCCUGCUCUCCCCCCAGCAAGAUCGGAGCCAUAUCUCGGCGUCAACUACGGCGAGCUCGCCGACAACCUCCCGCCCCCCGCUUCCACAGCACUCCUACUCCAAUCAACAGUUUUCUCCAAUCUUCGACUGUACAACGCUGAUCCCGCCGUCAUCUCCUCCUUCUCCGGCACUGGUAUCUCCCUCCUCCUUGGCGUCCCUAACUCCGACAUUCCCUCCCUCGCCGGCGAUCCUUCGGCAUCUGCCUCCUGGCUAUCCACCAAUCUUCUCCCUUUUAUUCCCUCCACCAACAUAUCCGCCGUUUCCGUCGGCAACGAAGUCCUCAACUCCGGCGAUCCUUCUCUUUCCUCUCUCCUAUUACCGGCGAUGCAGAACCUCCGCGCAGCCAUCGCUGCUACCCCCUCCGCCGCCGCGGUUAAGAUAUCUACGGUACAUUCGAUGGCCGUUCUGUCGCAGUCCGAUCCGCCGUCCGCCGGAAACUUCCACUCUGACCUCGCCGGAAUACUUCAACCCAUCCUCCAGUUUCUAAGUGAUAACAACUCUCCGUUCAUGAUCAACCCUUACCCUUACUUCGCGUACAAGAGCGACCCACGGCCCGAAACCCUCGCGUACUGUCUUUUCCAGCCAGGCCCGGCCCGGCCUGAUACGGGAUCUGGGAUUUCUUACUCCAACAUGUUUGAUGCUCAGGUUGAUGCAGUUAGGGCGGCGCUGCGAGCCGCCGGGUUCGCCGGCCAAGAGGUGGUGGUGGCGGAGACCGGGUGGCCAUAUAAAGGUGACGACAACGAGGUCGGAGCCAGCAUAGAGAACGCCAGAGCAUAUAAUGGGAAUCUGAUAGCUCAUUUGAGAUCUAUGGCUGAUCCUGUGACGACGUAUUUAUUCGCCAUGUAUGAUGAGGACUUGAAGCCCGGCCCAACGACUGAGCGCUCCUUUGGGCUUUUCGGGCCGGAUCUUAGGCCCAUUUAUGAUGCUGGGAUGCUUAAAUCCGGGCAGGAUUUGGGCGGAUCGCCGAGCCAGGUGGCGCCGGCGGAGUCUUCAAGGCCGGAAGAGGUGUGCGUGGCCGGCGAAGGUGGUGGCGGCGGUGUAUGUAGACGGCCGGGAGUGGAGUUUCUGCCGAGCGCGGCCAUGGGGAGAGGCGAUUGGAAGGAGAUAUCAUUGCUUUUAGGACUCGUUACCUUUUUAGGCGUUGUGCUGAUAGCAUGAAGAUUGGAACAGCAUAGAAGGAAAGAAAUCUGACCAUUUUUCUCUUUUUUGGAUUGGUAUUUCAUAUGUAGUAUUAUAUAUUUUAGGACUUGGGAGUGACAG